AUGAAAUUCAGUGUUAUUGUUGUCUUAUUUGUUAUAACCUGUUAUUCAUAUCAAUAUAUUUGUGUUCAAACAAUAGAAAAAAACGAUGACCCUGAUCUUAAAGCUAUAGAAAUAACAUCUGUUGAUAGGUGUAUUACUCAACAUGGUAAAAUAGUAGUAAGAAAUUUAAAAGGAGCAAUCACUGAAAUUAAAGUAGGAGAAGUUGUUUACCCAGUCUCAUCUACUUCUAAUUAUCAAGAGAUAGGAGUGUUAGAUGGAUAUUUUCCAGUUCGAGUAAUUAAGAGAACAAUUGAAAAUAUAUGUUAUUACAGACAAUUUGAAGUAACAGUACAUUCAAAAAAUGAAUGUGACCCAUAUUAUGUUUAUCUUGUAAAAACAAAAGAAAUGGUAUUUGAAGAUGAUAGUAGUAAUAGCACUGAAUCAUAA